AAAAGAGAAUGCGGAAAAGAUCAAGCAUUGGCAUUUGAUGAUGGCUAGUCUUACUGUCCCUGAUUCCAUCCCAUCUGUAGCAGAAGAUUGUGAGCAACUCCACAAUGCUUUCUCCGGAUGGGGAACAGAUGAGGAUUUGAUUAUUUCCAUAUUGGCUCAUAGGAACGCUGAACAGCGUAAGCAUAUCCGACGAGCUUAUGCUGAAAUUUAUGGACAAGAUCUCCUUUACGCGCUGGAACAAGAACUUUCAGGCCAUUUUAUGAGAAUCGUGCUACUAUGGACGCUUGAUCCUGCUGAGCGUGAUGCUGUAUUACUGAACGAAUCUGCAAAGAGGUACUGGACUUCGAGUAACCAGGUAAUUCUGGAAAUAGCUUGUACCAGAUCCUCUGGUGCACUAUUGUUGACGAAACAAGCUUACCAUGCUCUCUUCCGGAAAUCUCUUGAAGAAGAUGUUGCAUCUCAUAUCACUGGUGAUUUUCGCAAGCUUCUGGUGCCUCUUGUCAGUACAUACCGGUACGAGGGACCAGAAAUGGACAUGACACUGGCAGAACACGAAGCUGAGAUACUCCAUGAACAUAUCUCGGAUAAGGUGUAUAAUCAUGAUGAGAUUAUCAGGAUUCUGACUACAAGAAGCAAACCACAGCUCCAUGCAACUUUCAACCACUAUAAUAAUGAAUUCGGGAACGCUAUCACCAAGGAUUUGAAGGCUGAUGCGGAUAAUGAUUUUCUUACGGCACUCAGAAGUGCUGUUAAGUGUUUGGUCGCACCUGAAAAGUACUUUGAGAAGGUUCUUCGAUCAGCUAUGCACAGAAUAGGAACUGAUGAUUGGGCUCUUACUCGAGUUGUUGCUACACGCGUAGAAGUAGACAUGAACAUUAUCAAGGAAGAAUACUACCGCAGGAACACCGUUCGACUCAAUCACGCCAUUAGAAGUGACACUUCCGGGGACUACGAAGAAAUGCUUAUUGCUUUGACAGGGGAAUGAGAAUGCUUGAACUGCAACUGUUUUCAGCAGCACUUUUGCGUGUGGAUUGUGAGGAACCGUUUCACUGUUUGAUUUAAUGUGUCUGGUUCAACAAGCUCAUUUUCACUUUAGUUUUACCAAAAAUAUCAGAACACAUUGCCAAAAAGCGAACAGAGAAAGCCGAAAAUCGAAUUCCAUACAAGUAGUAGUACUCGUAACACUGAAGAAUCAUGAAAACCCAAUUAGGCAAUUAGCUUAGAAACAAGACUCACUCACACUACCUGUGUUCUGGUGGUUUAAUAUGUCAGACACCCUAAAACAAUAUUAUAU